AACUGUGUGAAAUCUGUUCGAAUCUUUGAAGGGCAGAGUUGCCGCAGCGAUUCGCGCGAACAGAAUGUCUCCCAGAUAUUCAGCUCUCGUCAUGUUUCGACGGUUUUUCUGCGAUAAAGGUCCUCGUAAAUUCAAGAACUUCUCUGAACUGAAUCAGGGCACGAGCGAGAGAGCAGCCGUUCCAAAAGUGGCGAAGGUUCAAUCAGUGCAGACACCUCCAGAAAGAGCAGCCUCCCCAGCUUCAGCGACACCAUCGACCAAUUCGAACCGUGCUGCUGGGGACGCUUACCUCGUGCCGGAAUUUUCCCAGCACAAUGAAUAUUCUUUCUACGACCUCAACACAGAUAUGUCGGCCUCCAGAAUAGGUCAGCCGAGAGCUGAUAGAAAGUGAUAGUCAUAAAAAACUUGCCCUGCACACGUAUCGAAUGGAUACGUAGGUCCCGCUGAAUAAAUUCGAAGUUUUCAAAGA